CCUCACUCUUUACUGUAUUUCCAAGCAAAGUGUGAUGAUUUGAUUGGUAACAUAAAGGCCUGUAAGCAUGAUACUGUUUCCAUGUCUCUUCCACAUCCAUCACCCCUCCGACUACCCAAAAAACUCUUACUUUCAGUCCAUAGAGCUUAAAACAGACCGACAUAACCCCAAACUAAGUUCAGAAACCUCCAAAUCCAACACCCCAGAAUGCCAAUACUCAAACUCCUCUUCACCACCCUCUCUCUAUCCCUUCUUUUCCUCCAAACUUGUGAUGCUGUCUCAGUUUCAGAGCUUGACAAUGCACUGAAAACCAGUGAUGUUGAUGUCAUGGAGAGAAGAGUUUGCACCAAAAAGCUUGAAGAUUGUUUAGAAGAGCAGGAAAUGGAGUCAGAGAGCAACAGGAGAGUGCUGGUGAUGCAAAGAAGGUACAUUAGCUAUGAGACACUGAGGAGGGACAUGGUCCCAUGUGCAAAACCUGGUGCUUCUUACUAUGAUUGUAAUGCUGGUCAAGCAAAUCCUUACAACAGGGGUUGUGAGGUUAUUACAAGAUGUGCUAGAGGUAUCAAAGAUAUCAAAACCUGAAAACCCAAAAUUGAAGUUUCACUGUAACAGCUGCUUUCUGCAAGUGGUAAUGUCUUUGUGCUGGGUUUUUUUGGGGGGUUAUGGUUGUAUAUUAAAGAUUCUUACUUUUAAUUUUCUAUAUAUAAAUGCAUUUUAAAGAAAAUUGACUUUGUUCUUGUCAGGGAAAUUAUGAAUAAUGUAUGUAAUCUUCACUUUUGGUCUUGUUUUCUGAAUAUCUUUCCAGUAAGAGAAUAGGGGAUAACCUGGAGUAGUUACUGGCCUUUAACAUAAACAGAGAAAUUUUCGAGAUUGCAAAAUCUUGGUUGUCAAGAUGUUCUACAUUUAAAUCAGCUACUUCA